AUGAAGCUGCUGCUGCAGCGCCAACAGCUCCAGAGACUCCGGAGUCAGUCGAAGCAGCAGCUGCUGCUCCGUCAGCAGCAGCAGCAGAGGAGAGCCCACAGGAAGCAAAAGCAGCAGCAGCACCAUCAGCAGCUGCUGCUGCAGCAGAAGAAGCGUAGAAGUUCUACGGCUAUUCACUUUUCUAUAGAAGCAGCAGCAGCAGCGACGGCAAUGCCCGAAGCAGCAGCAGCAGCAACAGCAGCAGCAGCAACAGCAGCAGCAGCAACAGCAGCAGCAGCAACAGCAGCAGCAGCAGCAGCGCAGACGGAGACUGUUGCCUCAGCAGUCACUAGUGCCACUAACGCAGCGCAUGACUAUCGCCGUGUUGAGAAUCGCAUUUGCUUCAGCUGCUGCAGCUGCUGCAGCAGCAGCAGCCGCAGUUGCAAGGUUGCUGCAGCAGCUGCUGCAGCAGCCGCUGCAGCAGAAGGGCUGGCUGGGGCGCCGCAACAGUUCAAAAGUCUUUAA